AUGACGGCUAUCCAUUGCAAUCUGAAUCCAAAUGGGAUUGAUCACCCUGUCCCAACAGAAGGUAUUAAUCUGCAAAUUGAAGGCGAAGGAGUUGAAUCACCCUCUGUUAAGAACACUAGUACUCCAAAAGGGCCUGAGUCAAAAGAGACACCCAAGAGGCAACAAGUGGAGCCAGAAAUAUCUAAGUCUGGGACUGUGAAGCUGACCAAGCCUGUGGCGUUAUGGACCCAGCAGGAUGUGUGCAAAUGGCUGAAGAAACAUUGCCCUAAUCAGUAUCAAAUCUACAGUGAGUCAUUCAAACAGCAUGACAUAACUG